AAUGUGUUUGGGCAUGACAUUUUCCGAGGGAAAGUGUUUCUAUGUAAAUAUUGGCACACGGUCUAUGGUGUAUAAAAGGAGGCGUCGACGACAGUAAUUUAGAAUCUUGCUUUUGCUGAGAAGGGAGAACAGGGCUGCUCACACACUCUAACUUUAGCUGGUUUAGUAGCCUGCAUUAAUAUAUUUAUUUAAAGCCAUGGCUCUCGCACUUGACUUAAACAACGAGGUAUUCAGCUCCUUCUUAUUUUAUGCGACUCUGCUUCUACUCAAGAUGUACGCCGUGGCAAUUCUAACAGGACAACUCCGCUUGCGCAGAAAGGCUUUUGCUAACCCGGAGGAUUCGCUGCGUCACGGGGGGUUGAAAUUCUGCCGCGAGGAUGCUGAUGUGGAGCGCUGCAGGAGGCUUCAUCACAAUGAUAUGGAGUGUAUCUACCCUUUCCUGUUCAUCGGGGCCCUGUACUGCAUGCUUGACCCCAGCCCAUCCAUCGCCAGGCUUCACUUCCGCAUCUUCUUCUUGGCUAGACUGGUCCACACUGUGGCUUACCUAUUCGCUCUAAAAGCCCCUACCCGCUCUCUGGCCUACACCGUUGGGCAAAUCCCCUGCUUCUCCAUGGCCUUCAAGAUCGUGGUCAACGUCGCCUCCUACUGGUGAAGAACACGACGCAGGAACCCAAUCAUGGUUUCAACCAUUCCAUUCAUGGCGGUCCUUUUUGGGCUACUUGGUUUUGCUCUGCGGUAGUUUUAAGAUGGAGAGGAGCUAGUCUUGAACAAGCAAGCCGACUUACAGUGAAUUCCAGGAGAGAGCAGACAGGGCAGACUGUAUCACUGAAGUCAAUUUUCAAUACUUGAAUUAAACUUCCAUUGGUAGACUGGUUCUCCAGGGUGGUCAUAUACAUAUCAAUAGUGUCACAAUGGGUUGUAAUACAUAUCAUAUCAUAUGACAUCAUAUCAUCAGAUAGACAGUAUGCUACUGUUUUAGGACCACUGUUGGUACUGUGUACAAACUGUGAAGCUCCAAUACUGUGGUCUGUUAGCAACUCUGAUUUUAAUGUACUGAAUUCAGUCCAGUUAAAAUGAACGUCUCUGUUUAGGUUCAUUCUACAGUUAAUUAAUAUGUAAAUAAUACAUAUCAAAGCCGUGGUAAUUGUCGAUGUCUGUUAAUGCAUUACUGUGUUUUGUACGUAUGAAUAAUGUUUGACUGUGUAUUUAAAUAAAUUAAUGUUUUUGCUAAA